GGGAGGGGCGGGGAGGGGAAGGAGGCGGGUGAAGGGUGAAGUAUGGCGGAGGCCGGAAAAGUGGCCAAGCAGCCGCAAUCCAGGACUUUUCAAUGUAAAAACCUUCACGACUACUUGAAGACGCUCCCCGGGUCCACUUUGGACAAGCUUUACAACCACCCGACGACGUGUCUUGCAGUGUACAGGGAGCUGCCAGAAAUUGGUCGACAUUAUGUGAUUAGAAUUCUUUUCGUAGAACAACCUGUUCCUCAGGCUGUUGUGGCGUCUUGGCUUGCCCAAGAACAUUCCAAGGAACAUACCGAAGUUAUAAAAGUUCUUAGUGAGCUACGAGUAUGGCAAGAGGCUGCAAUACCUGGCGGUUUACCAGGAUGGAUCCUCAACCCUAUCUUCAAAAAAAAUUGCCGCAUGGCAUUGCUGGGAGGUGGGAAAGCCAAUUGCAUCCAUUCUCAACUGGACGCAGACAGCAAACCUAGGGAUAUUCCAUUUCUGGAUCAGUAUGCCACGGAGCGGUGGGAGUGCGUUCUGCACUACAUGGUGGGGUCUCAGCAGCAGGAGGGUAUCUCAGCUGAUGCUGUCAGAUUACUACUCCACGCUCGUCUUAUGAAAAGAGAUGAGGAUGAUGGGAGCCCUGUAAUCACAAGAGAAGGCUUCCAGUUUCUCUUGAUGGACACAGCCCAGCAAGUGUGGCACUUCAUUCUUCAAUAUUUAGAUACGGUUCAUGAACAUAAUUUGGACUUGGUAGAGUGCCUCACAUUUUUGUUUCAGUUAAGUUUUAGCACACUUGGUAAGGAUUACACUACUCAAGGCAUGAGUGAAGCCAUGUUAAAAUUCCUGCAGCAUCUUCGAGAAUUCGGAUUAGUUUAUCAAAGAAAGAGGAAAGGUGGCCGGUUCUAUCCAACGCGGCUUGCUUUAAAUAUAGCUGCGGGCAGAACAAGUGCCCCCGGUGAUAUGGAACACCUUGGGUACAUAGUUGUUGAAACUAAUUACAGAGUGUAUGCUUACACAGACUCUAAUUUGCAAGUUGCCUUAGUUGCACUUUUCUGUGAGAUGAUGUACAGAUUUCCAAACUUGUCUGUUGGCAUUCUGACAAGAGAUUCAGUUCGACAAGCGUUGCGAAGUGGUAUCACAGCAGAACAAAUGAUCAACUUUUUGCGGCUACACGCCCAUCCAAGAAUGAUCGCUCAAGCUCCACCUGUGUUGCCACCCACAGUUGUUGACCAGAUAAAGCUUUGGGAAAAUGAGCGAGACAGAUUUAAUUUCUCUGAAGGAGUAUUAUAUAGCCAGUUUUUGUCUCAACAAGACUUUCAGGUGCUGCGUGAUCAUGCUCAAGAAAAAGGAGUUCUGAUCUGGCAAAAUGAACGUACAAGAACAAUGGUAGUGACUAAAGGAGGCCAUGAUGAUGUUAAAAGAUUCUGGAAACGGUAUAAUCGUGGAAAUGAUUAAUUAUUUUUUUUACUUGUAUAUUUAAAAUUAUGUGGUGCUAAUCAAAUAAAGUGAGCAACCCUCAAAACUGCA